CCUCUUUGCAGGGGAGGGUAGAAGCGAAGAAGUCAGCUCUCUGCCAUUGUUCUUGUUCUGGAGGGACGGGACGGGACGGGACGACGCUGGUCGGGUACCGGACGGCCGGUCUGUCGUUAUGACGGGCUCCGGUCCGAAGCUCGGGGUUCUGCUGCUGCUGGCGGUUCUGCUGCAGACUGUGGUCGUCACCAUCACCGUGCUCCACUUCACCACCGCGCUAAACUCGAUGAAGGAGACGUUUGCCAGGAGCAGCGUUUCCUGCCUGACCGGCGCCGACCUGCAGAGCGUCACGGCGGCGCGAGGCGACCCGUGCUGGCAGGUCACUCAGCAGCUCCACCUGCUCAUCGAGAAGUCUCUGUCGCAGCGCUACCAGAGGCAGAUUUCAUCGGCAGUCAGAGAUGAAGUGUCUCGGGUGCUGCCCUCGCUGGUGAUGGUGGACAGGGCUUCAUCUCGCCCCAAAGUCGCCGCUCACGUCACCGGCAGCUUUCUGCCCAAACUGGAGCGAGAGGGAGGAGCUCCGGUCGCUGCCGGGCGUCGAGUUCAGGGCCAGAAGAUCUCGUGGUGGGAGGGGCAGAAGGGGCUGGCCUUCCUGCAGGACGUCCAGCUGGUGGACGGGGAGCUGGUGGUGCCGCAGCCCGGCCUCUACUACGUCUACGCCCAGACGUAUUUCAGACACACCCACUCCCUGGAGGAGGAGGGCGAGGAGGGCGAGGAGGCGGAGGACAGAGGGAGACCCCUGCUGCAGUACGUCUAUAAAAAGGUGAGCUCCUACCCGGUUCCCAUCCUGCUGAUGAAGACGAGCCGAACCUCCUGCUGGUCCCGGGGCUCCCAGUUCUCUCUGCACUCCGCCCACCAGGGGGGGCUGUUCCCGCUGAGCAGCGGCGACCGCCUGUUUGUCACCGUGACCAACGCCUCCGCCGUGGACAUGGACGAGAAGAGCAGCUUCUUUGGGGCGUUUCUCAUCAGCUAGAGGAUCAGACUCUGGAUCAGAUCCACAGACGCCAACGUGGUUUUAAUCCCUCUCACUCCAGAUUGUUGCAGAGACUUCUUCUACGAGCGAAACCCAGAAAAUGAAAAACUGAAGCAGCGACUCGCGGAGAAGACAACACUGGUUUCAUGGGUGGAGAAGAGACUGUUAAUGAAUUCAAGCUGACUCAACGAAUACCGGAGUGUUUAAAAGUUUGAUCGGCUCGGACUCGACACAGAUUUUUGAUGCACAAAGAUUCGUGUGAGGCAGAAGAAUGAUUUUGAGUAAAUUUAGGUUCACAGAGCAAAAGAUCUGAUGUCUGAGUUAAGUUUAUUCGUCCUGAACAACUAAAAGGAAACUUUAGACAAAGUGUUGACCAAAGUUUCCAUGAUUGUUGAAGGUUCAGAUGUGAUUUUCUCGAUUGUUUCCAAACUUACACAAUCACCGGGACAAAUGUUGGAAAUAUAUGCUUCUGCAAAACCACGGAUAUGUUGACAUGUAACUUUUCUCCAUGUUUAGUUUCACAUUUUAAGCUAUGACAAUGUGCUUAUGCUCUGGUUAGGUUUAGGCACAAAAUGCGUGUUGUUACGGUCAGAAAACUUUGUGUUUUGGCUUAAAAUACCUGGCGUCUUGUAAAAAAUAUCCAGUUUUCUUUCAUUAUCUUUGAAAAGAGACCGUGUACAUGAAACAACCCUAAACACAACAGAGCUUAAAAUAUACUACGAGUAGAAACUCUGAUAACACUGACAAAAAAAAAAGUAUCUAUCUAUCUGAUAUGACACAUAGGAAACGUACAAAUGUAACAUAUCUGUGGUUUGCAGAAACGUUAAAUACCAAAGUUUUACUGUGCUGAGAUUCGAUCAGUUUGUUUGUGAUCGACCUCUGAUUCCUCUCUGGUUUUUAUCCAUAUUUCACCUUUUACUUGGAUUAUUUUGUUUUUCACUGUAAAUCCUUGGUGCAGUUACGUGACAGUCACAUGGGACGAUUCUAUAUCUCCAACAGUCACGUUCUGUUUUCCAACAAUCACAGUUGUGUUUCUGUGAUUGUGUGCUUUACCUCCACUGUUUGAUAAUCUGGUUGUUCUGCGUGUUCUACAACGAUCACAAGACUGUAUUUUAAAGUUUGUACAACUGGCUCAUAAUUCCCAAACUCACCUGUAAAGGAAAAGUUCACCCAAAAAUAAUAAUUCAAUCAUUGUGUUGAUGUAAAGUAGCAUGUAGCAUUCUGCUAAACAACUGAAGAAGCUGGAGACAUUAAAAAAAACAUAAAACAUUGAUUAGUUUGCUGUAAUCAAAGUAUCCAGAAGCACCAAGAUCCUGAAUUGAUUUGAGAUGUUAUUUACACUGGACCCGGUCUGAGCUUGACUGUGUACCAAUGCUAGAAACAUGGAUUACAUCGGACCGGCUGUACGGAGCCAUUUUAUAUUCUUCUGGUUGUCUAUUCCGUUUUAAAACAAGUCUCCAGCUGCUUCAGUUGUUCAGGAAAAUGCUGCACCUCUGUUUUGCUGUGAAGCUCCAGAAAUGUUUCGUGGACGACGUAAACUUCAUCUUGCUUUCCAGUAAUGGAAGGAGGAGACGAUUCCUUUAAAUCACCCGCCUACUAAUUCCCCACAAGGAGAGGCUGAUCUGACCAUGAAGCUCAGAUAUCAACAUGCUGAACUUCUGCCAGUUUAGACCUUUUUGCUUGACCAUGUUUCAGUCUUUUCUCUGAAAAACUGAAGCCGCCUCCAAGAAAUGUUUGUAUAAAACUUGUCGCCUGGGCUUAAAUGUUAGGCGAGUCUUUGGAUGUGUGUUUGUGCAGAAGAUGUAAAUAUGGUGCUACA